GUUAUAUAUUACAUUGCUAAAAAAAAAAAAAGAUUUUAGAAAUCUACUUUUUAAAGAAGAUUUUUGUUGUCAGACAUCUUUAGGAGAACGCUCAGCAAUGCGUGAAAUUGUACACGUUCAAACAGGACAGUGUGGAAAUCAAAUUGGUGCUAAGUUUUGGGAAGUAAUCUCUGAUGAACAUGGUAUUGAUCCCACUGGUAGUUACAAGGGUGACUCUGAUUUGCAACUUGAAAGAGUUAACGUAUACUACGCAGAAGCAACAGGUGGUAAAUAUGUUCCAAGAGCUGUUCUUGUUGAUUUGGAACCUGGAACCAUGGAUUCAAUUAAGUCUGGACCAUUUGGAGCAAUUUUUAGACCCGAUAAUUUUGUGUUUGCACAGAGUGGUGCUGGUAAUAACUGGGCCAAAGGACAUUAUACUGAAGGCGCAGAACUUGUAGAUUCCGUUUUAGAUGUUGUUAGAAAAGAAGCUGAAGGUUGUGAUUGUUUGCAAGGAUUUCAACUUACACACUCCCUUGGAGGUGGUACUGGAUCUGGUAUGGGAACACUUCUAAUUUCUAAAAUUCGUGAGGAAUACCCUGAUCGUAUAACGAAUACAUUUAGUGUUGUUCCUUCACCCAAAGUAUCAGACACCGUUGUUGAGCCAUAUAAUGCAACUUUAUCAAUUCACCAGUUGGUUGAAAAUACAGACGAAACUUUUUGCAUUGAUAAUGAAGCUCUUUAUGAUAUAUGCUUUCGAACACUUAAGUUAACCACGCCUACAUAUGGUGACUUAAAUCAUCUUGUGUCUGCAACUAUGAGUGGUGUAACUACAUGUCUAAGAUUCCCUGGUCAGUUAAAUGCUGAUCUUCGAAAACUUGCAGUAAAUAUGGUACCAUUUCCACGUCUUCAUUUUUUUAUGCCUGGUUUUGCACCACUUACAAGCCGUGGUUCCCAACAAUAUCGGGCUUUGACUGUUCCCGAGCUUACCCAACAAAUGUUUGAUUCCAAGAACAUGAUGGCUGCAUGUGAUCCACGUCAUGGUCGAUAUUUAACAGUUGCAGCAAUAUUUCGUGGUCGUAUGUCCAUGAAAGAAAUAGAUGAGCAAAUGCUUAAUGUUCAAAACAAAAACAGUUCGUACUUUGUUGAGUGGAUUCCAAAUAACGUUAAAACAGCAGUUUGUGAUAUUGCUCCACGUGGUUUAAAAAUGUCUGCAACAUUCAUUGGAAAUAGUACUGCUAUUCAAGAACUUUUUAAACGUAUAAGUGAGCAGUUCACAGCUAUGUUUCGACGGAAAGCUUUUCUUCAUUGGUAUACUGGUGAAGGUAUGGACGAAAUGGAGUUUACUGAAGCUGAGUCAAAUAUGAACGAUUUGGUUUCUGAAUAUCAACAGUAUCAGGAUGCCACUGCUGAAGAUGAAGGAGAAGUAGAUGAUGAUGAAGAACAGCAAGAAAAUGAUGAUUAAAGAAUAUAUCGAAUUUUGAUUUUUUUAUUUUUUUGCAAGCACAAUAAGAAAGGAACAUUUAGUAAUAUACACUAAAAGUUAUUAUAUAAGAAAUAUAUUUAAAAACAAUGUACAACUUUCUGUAGUUUGGAAUUUAAAUUUAUUUUGUUUUAUCAAUCUAUUUUAGACAAUAAAUUUAGAAAAUAU